AUGAAUAUGGUGGAUUUGGUGCUAGUUAUCCUUUCGAUUGCCCUAACACCGGGUGAUGCAUCCUCCUACAUUUUGAACUUCAUUGACCCCAUCUCCUCCAUCCUAAACAGCCACUUCCUGCUCGCCCUUCAUGAAACAGAGGCACAGCUUGUAGGGGCAGCGGACACAUCCAUAUCCUCCCUCUCUCUCAACACCGGCAGCAGUGGCAAACUGCAGGCAGGCUUGCCUGAGCUCCCAGAAUACCUUGGUGUCAUUGGGGGCUCAAUUCGCUCGUUCCAUGAUGAUGAGGACGACCUGCAAUCACUUGAAUUUGCACCACCGCAGGAGGAGGAGUGCCAGCCCGUGCUAGAAGGAGAAAUUCAGGAGAUUAGGAUAGACAGAGAGAGCAUGGCCUGA